GCUGCUUCCCAGGAUCUUCCUUUCACUGUGCAGUGUAUCUGGAAAACCAUGGGACCAUCCACCAUAUUCCUAUUGUCUCUGUUUUCCCUAUUGAUCCCGGCUCAGUCAGCCCCUGAUCCCACCCUGGACUCUAACUGGCAGCUGUGGGUUAAAACUCACCAGAAGACCUAUAAGGAUGCGGAAGAGGAAGGUGCAAGACGGAUCAUCUGGGAGGAGAAACUAAAAUAUAUCACAGUCCAUAACUUGGAAUAUUCCUUGGGACUCCACACUUAUGAAGUUGGGAUGAACCAUCUGGGAGAUAUGACAGGUGAGGAGGUUGCUGCCACAAUGACAGGUUACACUGGCUCAGACCUUUCAUUGGCCAACGUGAUCCAGGUACCCAAAGAGUUAUUAAAAGCUCAGCCUCCGGCAUCAAUGGACUGGAGAACCCAAGAGUGUGUCACCCCUGUGAAAUGUCAGGGAUCAUGCAAGUCUUGCUACGCUUUCAGUACCGUGGGGGCUCUGGAAUGUCAAUGGAAACUGAAAACGGGCAGACUGCUCACAUUCAGCUCACAGGAACUGGUGGAUUGUUCUGACCCUGAAGGGAACGUAGGCUGUUAUGGGGGACGUUUAAAUUCUUCUUUCACAUACAUGAAGGAAAAUGGGCUUAUGGAGGAAACCGCCUACCCAUAUACAGAAAGGAAAGCACAGUGCAAAAGGAUUAAGCCAAGUAAUAGUGGGAAAGUAAAGAAUUUCUACAAAAUAACUACUGGCAAUGAAAAUCAUCUUAGGAUUAUUGUGGGAACAGUAGGACCUGUGUCUGUUGCCAUAUACGCCAAUCAUACAGGGUUCCAUGAUUACAAGUCAGGUGUUUAUUAUGAUCCAUAUUGCACCACCAAACAAGACCAUGCUGUGCUUGUGGUUGGAUAUGGUACAGAAAAGGGCAUGGACUAUUGGUUGGUUAAGAACAGCUGGGGAUGCAGCUGGGGAGAGGAUGGAUACAUAAAAAUGGCUCGAAAUCAUUGUGGCAUUGCCCAGGAUGCUAUCUAUCCAUCUGUGUGAUGCUUGGUCCCGUCAGACUUCAUGGGCCAAUGGGAUAUUAUCUGCAAGCACAUCAUUCUGCUAACUUUUAUGCCUGAAUCUUUUUGUUUUUCUAUAAUAUUCUUUUGCACUUAAAUUUGCACUAGUUAAAUGUGUGCUCCCAACAUACCCAUCUUGUUACCCACAUUAUAUAAUAGUUGAUCCAGUUUUCACAAGUGAGUAAGAAUCGUAUUACUAAUAGGGAUGCACUGAAUGCAGGUUUCGGCUUGGGAUUCUGCCAAUCCUUUUUCAGCAGGAUUUGGCCAAAUGCUUGUGCCUAGCCGAACGGAAUUUGAAUCCGAAUUUGCAUAAAAAAACAGGGGCGGGGAAAUCAGGCGACUUUUCAUCACAAAACAAGGAAGUAAAAUAUAUGUUUUCUAUUGUUUCUUUUCCUGCCCCUAAGGGUAGGACUCCACAGGCGAUUUCAGUGUGAUCCGACAUGCUGCGCAAAAAUGUCGGAUGCGACGGAAAUAAGGUAAGAGAUGGAAAUGUCGGAUGAAGUCGCAGCGUUGAUCUGACACGAUACGACUGUCGCAUGCAGACGCAGAGUGUAGUGUCGGAUCAACGCUGCGACACCAUCUGUCAAUGCUAUUACUUACCUUAUUUCCGUCGCAUCCGGCGUGACGCCUACAUUUUUGUGCAGUGCGAAAUCGCCCAUGGAGUCCUACCCUUAUUUGCAUAUGCAAAUUAUGAUUUGGAUUCAGGGGAUUCGGCUGAAUCACAAAUAGUGGAUUCAGUGCAUCCCUAAUUACUAUUCCUUGCGUAGGUGCCAGUGAAGCUCUUGGGGGGGAGGGGGUACAGGGGAUGUUUAUGUGCCAACAUUGCUGGUUCCAAGAGAACAAUAUUAGUAUGCUUCUUUAUGUCAUAGGUGGCUCAAAACUUGCAUUUGUACUGCACUCAAGAGAAAAAGUGGCACCCAUGAUUGGCCCACAAUAUAACUGAUUGUUACAGGACAAAUACCCCACAUCAUUUUCAGUAUUAAAGUAAUAGUUCAUCUUAAAGUUAACUUUGUUGUAGACAGUGGUAUUGUAAAAAUAAAAUUGCAAUUAGUCUUAAUUGUUUGUUAUAUUUUUAAAUCAAAUAUAUUUUGUGUUCUGCAGCUCCAGACUUUUGGGGUUACGGAAAGGAAGGUGCAAAGUUUGCUACUGGUCACCGGAAUAAAAGCAAUCAUUGUAUUGGUUUCAACUGGUGCAUGCACCUGGGCAAACCUUGUGCCAUUAUUUGAAUUGAAAGCAAUAUCUAAUUAAGCAUUAAUUAUGCUAACAACCUGGAAGCCAUUAGAAAGUCAAACUGGAAGAAGAAUAGUAAUAGAAUUCUCAGGUACAGACGUCAAAAGAGACAGAAUUUAAAGGCUAAUAAUUCAAAACCUGUACAACAGAAAAAGUUAAGAGAAAUUUUAAUUGCUUAGACAAGGUCCAUCCAUAACAUACAGAAAUUAUUUCAUUAUGAACUACCACUCAAUGAGCAAUGGCACAGGGCAUUAUUUGGAAUUAGGUGCCACAUCCUAAUCUUUAAACUGCAAAUAUUCUGAUAAAAGUGCUUUAUUUUACUGUAUCAAUGCACAACAUUUUUCCGCAAAAAAA